AUGGAAAGUCGCACAAAGAGCGACGACUCUAACACAGAACAAGUACAUGUUCAUAUCCAACCUCCGUCAGAAAAUGACAUAGAGAAAGGUCACCACAUCAAAGACCAACCCGACGAUGCAGCAACUUCGCAGAAGCAAUCCGUGUUCAAGUCACUCGGUUGGCUGGACCGCUUCCUCGCUAUCUGGAUAUUUCUCGCGAUGGCCAUCGGGAUCAUACUAGGCAACUUUGUGCCGGAGAUAGGGCACGCCCUACAGAAAGGUCAAUUCGUCGGUGUCUCGGUGCCAAUAGCUGUCGGAUUGCUCGUGAUGAUGUACCCCAUACUAUGCAAAGUGCGGUACGAGACAUUACAUGAGAUAUUCUCGCACCGCGGUGUCUGGAAGCAGAUUGCAUUUAGCAUCUUUAUGAAUUGGAUUGUCGCUCCGUUCCUAAUGCUAGCACUUUCAUGGGCAUGCUUACCGGAUAAGCCCGAGCUUCGGACAGGCCUGAUUCUAGUCGGCCUAGGUAGAUGCAUCGCAAUGGUGCUAAUAUGGACGGGUUUAGCCGGUGGGGAUAGCGAGUACUGUGCCAUUCUCGUGGCAAUUAACUCCAUUCUCCAAAUGGUAUUAUUCGCCCCCUUGGCUGUUUUCUUCAUUCGUGUGAUCAGUGGAGAAUCCGGUCCUCUGGACAUCUCGUAUGAAGUCGUUGCAACAAGCGUAGGAACUUUUCUCGGUAUCCCACUAGGUGCGGCAAUGCUGUCGCGCUUUGUACUACGUGCCUUAGCUGGUUCGCAGUGGUACGACCGCGUCUUUCUCAAAUUCGUCGCGCCGUGGUCUCUAGUCGGCUUGCUCUACACCAUCUUAGUCCUGUUCGCUUACCAGGGUCAACAAGUCGUCCACCAGAUCGUGUCAGUCUUGAGAGUUGCAGUUCCACUCGUUGUGUAUUUCAUCGUCAUCUUCUUUCUGACGCUCUGGAUCACGUAUCGGUGCGGAUUUGGAUAUUCCCUCGGCGCCACGCAGAGUUUUACUGCUGCCAGCAAUAAUUUCGAACUUGCUAUCGCCGUGGCCGUCGCAACCUAUGGUCCUAACAGUGACCAAGCCCUAGCAUCUACCGUGGGGCCGCUUAUUGAGGUACCGGUGCUGCUUGGGCUAGUGUACGUCGUCAAGGCGAUAGGGGGUAGAUGGGCCUGGAAGGACUGA